AUGAAUAUCAAAGAUUUGAGAUAUACCACAACGCAUGGUCUAUCAUCGUUCAUUGUGAGAUAUGACAAUGAAGAGAGUAUUGAUCGGCGUGAUUUACCAAGUGCAAUGAAUGCUAAAUUAUAUAUUGAAAAUCAUCUACGUAGACAAGGUGUUAAAUUUAACGGUUUUGCACUAAUUCGUUCAGUUGGAAAAAGAUUAAAACUAUAUGUAAGCAAUCGCGAUAAUUAUCAUAAAUUAAUGACAACUAAUGAAUGGCCAGGUAUAUGUGGUAGUAUACAUUUAAAGAUUUCAGUCGUCAAACCCAGUGUUAUCCCUAGCCAAUUUUCAUUAGUCAUCAGAAAUGUUCCAGCUUCAAUUUCAAUCAAUAAAAUUCGAGAAGAUGUGAAUUGUUCGAUUAGGUCAGCCACAAAUUUAAGAAAAUUGAUUAGCAAAUAUGGAAAAAAAUCAAUUGAUUAUAGAUUUGAAGUGCCGGAUUUAAAUGAAUAUAAAGCGGCGGUAUCACAAGGUGUAAUAGGUAUUGGAAAUAUAGUUCGAUCUAUUACCGAAUACAUCCCAGCUAAUAGAAUUUUAUAUUGCACAAAAUGCUGGAAGAUCGGGCAUUGGGCAAAUGAUUGUAAUGAGGCAGUAUUCAAAUGUAAAAUAUGUUUAGAAGAUCUACUAGACGGUCGACAUGAAUGUUCAACAAAUAAGAAAUGUGCUCAGUAUGGCGGAGAUCAUAUAUCAACAGCUCCGGUGUGCAAUUUUAAUCAACAAUACCAAGAAGAACUGAAUGAAGUAGUGAACAUGCAAUAG